GAACAAAGAAAAUCAGAUUCGAGUGGCAAACACGAACUCUUCCUUUCCAAAGAUGAGUGGUCCGCAGCCCCAUGUGGUUCAACCUCCCACGCUUCAACGGUCUAAAACAGUUGCUCAGUUUCGUUGCUUGUCGUCCCUCUUCGCGGCCCCCACCUUCUCUCCGAUUCCAUAGGAGAUCCCUCCGAAUCUUCUUCCUUCUUCUCCUUCCCAAUCUUCUCCUUAUUACCCAACCUGAAACCCAAAGAAAACGCAAACGAAUACGAUUACGAAGAAAUGAGAGCUUUGAAUUCACAUCUAGUUCUGAUUGACCUGCACAGCUCAUGGCACUCGGCCAACCAAGUCCCGGCGUCAACCCUCGCGUACCUUAAGAACUCCAACUUCAUUUCCACUGUCUCUUCUUCGUUUCGUCGAACACGUCGCGCCCGUACUGGAAUCGCGUCGUCGUCGAAAUCGGCGGCCCCGGAAAUCCGGAGGCCGUCCGAUCGUUUCGUUUCGGGAAAUGGGUCGCUGCCGCUGAGCUCUCCGAAUUCGGCCUCGACGUCGCGUUCGGAGGUCGCUUCGGAGCUCGAGCUGUUCCUUGAGUUGCUGCCUGCGAGGAUGAGAGGGGAGCUGUGUGGGCACGAGGAGAUCGGGAAUCUGAUCGAGAUUGUUAUGGACUUGGGAAGGAAGCCUCUUGCGAGGUUUCCCUCGGGUGAUUGGAUAAUCUCGGAGCAGCCCGUGGAGCAUGAAGAUCUACGGCACGCGAUGUCCAAGGUUGGUGAGUUUUCGGACGACAACCGUUCAGGUAUUGAUAACUCUUUGCAUCGUAUAAGUGCCAUUCGGAAUCGCAAAAUGCAAAUCAUUGGCCUCACUUGCCGGGUCGGUCGAGCCGUAUCUGGAAGUGCGGAGAUUAUACGAGACUUGGUUGAGGGGGGAGGUUCCAUCUUAGUAAUAGGACCUCCUGGGGUUGGCAAGACAACGUUAAUAAGAGGAAUUGCUAGAAUGUUGGCAGAUGAUCACAUGAAGCGUGUUGUCAUUGUUGACACAUCUAAUGAGAUUGGAGGUGACGGAGAUGUCCCUCAUGCGGGAAUAGGUCGUGCAAGAAGGAUGCAAGUUCCUAACGUUCAUAUGCAGCAUAAUGUUAUGAUUGAGGCAGUUGAAAAUCAUAUGCCUGAAUCCAUUAUAAUUGAUGAAAUUGGAACUGAGCUUGAAGCACUGGCAGCCAGUACUAUUGCUCAAAGAGGAGUUCAACUAGUUGGAACAGCACAUGGAAUGACAAUAGACAACAUAAUAAAGAAUCCAUCUCUGCAGCUCCUUGUCGGUGGCAUAGAGAGUGUAACUCUCGGAGAUGAAGAAGCAAGGAAAAGGAAAGUGCAGAAGACAAUUCUUGAAAGGAAAGGGCCUUCCACAUUUACAUGUGCUGUUGAGUUGAUAUCUAAAACUGAGUGUCGUGUACAUCACAGUUUAGAGGCUGCAGUAGAUGCAAUAUUAGCAGGAAAAUCUCCUCUGUUUGAAGUCCGUUGCAUGGAUGUUGAUGAUCGUGAUUCUUUGAAGUCUACUCUGAUACCUGAAAAGAGCCAUAUAGAAAAAUCUUAUAUGACUGAUGGUAAAAGUAUAAGUCCUGAUGUAGUGUCUGAUGAGGAAGAUUUAGUUCAUCCUCCCAGUUGGUCUCAAAAACAGAGCACUAGUAGAUCUGCAAAGAAGAGGAGCUCAGCAGAUGGUAAAAGUAUAAGUCCUGAUGUAGUGUCUGAUGAGGAAGAUUUGGUUCAUCCUCCCAGUUGGUCUCAAAAACAGAGCACCAGUAGAUCUGCAAAGAAGAGGAGCUCAGCAGUGUGUGUCUAUACUUACAAGAUCCUUGAAGCUGAUCUACUACAAGUAGCAAUGGUGAUGGGGCUUGAUAAUGAAAUAGAUGUAACAGACGACAUCGGAACAGCAGAUGCAAUUCUGGCAUCCAGUUCUGAGAUGAAGCAGAACCCAUGGAUCCGCAGUGUAGCAAAAUUCCACCAGUUGCCUGUAUUUGUUAUUAAGUCAAAUACCAUGGCACAAAUGGUCAAGGCAGUUCGCAUGAUUCUUGAAAUGGAAUCAUUUGGUCCAGUAUCAAAGCCGUCACUCAGAAAUUCUUUUGACAUUGAAAUUGAAGAUGAUGCUCCAAAAAGAAAACCAUCGCUAGAAGAGAUUGAUGCCUUGGAGGAGGUCCGACUUGCAAUUGAAUAUAUUGUGAUUCCUGGCGGAGAGCCAGUGGAGCUCCUCCCUAGACGCUCUGAAAUAAUUGCCCGGCAGCUUGAACUUGUGGAAAGCUACCAGUUGGCUGCUGAGAACUCAGGUACUGAGCUGAAUCCCAGGCUGCAGAUUCUCCCCCAAAGGUUAAGCAAGAAAAACUUUUCUAAAUCCCCUAAAUCGAGUUCUAGUUUUCGUAAAGACACGGAUUCUUCAUCACUAACUGGCAGUUCUGGGGGUACGAGUGUUGCUAGGCUGCCUCUUUUACCCGAAUAAUUUGACCACAUUUCAAUCCUUGGUUGACAAGUGCGCCAUUUCAUGUAAAUUCAUGUAAAUUAUGUAUCUCAUAUGGUGUAGUUGUUUUAACUGUGUCAACUACGCAAUGCUAUCUGCAUUCAUUUCUCAAAUAUGUAAUGCACUUUGUAUCCAUUUCUUUCAAGUGAAAAAUGGUGAUCAUAAUUCAUAAGAAACACCUUUUCUUC